UGGAAGUUUCUGUGAGCAACAGUAUAAAUCAGCUGAAAAGAAAUCUGGGACAUCCGAAGAAAGGGGACCGAGAGGAACGGCAAGAACUUCACCUACGACAAAAAGAAUGGACCGCACAGAGACUUACAUCGCAUUGAAAAGAUUGCAUUGCAUGAAGUGGAUAAAAUGGAAAUGAGAAAUUUAAUGAGACAUUUUCAACUCAAUACUAUCUGCAGUAUCUAAUGAUUGAAAAGGGCUAUUCCCAGUAAAAACCUAAAUCGAUUUAAUUAAUACAUUUAGUAGCCUUAGUAAUGUAAAUUCUUGAUAUAUUUGAGUUCACGUGAAGGGACUGUUUUAUGUUGAAUUGAACAUUACAAACACUGUAGGUACUGCAGGGAAAUACAGUAUUGAAUUAAAGAUGAAUCUACUGCAAGAACAAAAAAUGCAAAAUUGUCAGAAAGUGCCCACUGCAAGAAGCCAUGGCUCUCAGCGUAGCAGUAGUAGCUGCUCUUUUCUGCAUAGUGGUUGCAGAGCCUCUGUCCAAGAAAGACCCAUCUGCCAUGUUAUCAGAGAGCACCAACAACCUGGGCCUCAGCCUGUAUCACACCAUGGUUAAGGACGAGUCUCUGAAAUCACAGAAUGUGCUCUUCUCCCCUCUGGUGCUGACCUCGUCUCUCGGUGUCAUGAGUCUGGGUGCCAGGCAGAGCACAGCCAGUCAGGUGAAGUCUCUCCUCAAUGUGCCGCUGCAUGAAGACAAGCUCCACCGGUCCAUGUCAGAGCUACUGGGUGACGUCAGUAAGGAGGCUGCCGGUGACACCACCUGGAAGAUCGGCAGCAGCUUUUACGGGCCGGCCUGGGCCAAGUUAACCAGGGACUUCACUGAGAAGAGCAAGGCACACUACGGACACGACCACAACAAAAUCAACUUCAGGGACAAAAGAAAUGCCCUCUUAGAAAUUAACAACUGGGCAGCCUUGAAGACUGGGGGAAAACUGCCUGAGAUAAUUAAAGAUUUGCCUGAGUCUGAAGGAGCCAUGUUUGUCAAUACCAUGUACUUCAAACCCCACUGGGGUGAGGCCUUUAGCCACAACAUGGUGGAUAAACGGGGUUUCAUGAUGUCUCGGACUCGCACCGUAUCUGUGCCAAUGAUGCAUCGCACAGGUUUUUACAAGUAUUACGAAGAUGAAGCCAAUCAGUUGCAGAUAGUUGAGAUGCCGCUGGGUCAGAAUCAAAGCAGUUUGAUCAUCAUAAUGCCUUUUCACGUGGAGCCGCUGGACAGGCUGGAGAACAUGCUGACCGCUGAAAAUCUCCGCCGUUGGUCAGAACAGCUGCAGGAAGUAGCCGUGGCUGUGUCACUGCCGAAAAUAGACCUUGAUGUCAAACACGAGCUCCAAAAACACCUGCAGCAGCUGGGUUUAGUGGAGGCUGUCGACAAAUCCAAGGCAGAUUUUUCAGGAAUCACAGGGAAGAAAGACCUGCAUAUCUCAAAUUUCCUUCACGCCACAGCAUUCGAGAUAACUACUGGAGGCAAUCCCUUUGAUGAGAAUGUUUUUGGCCGAGAGGAGCUGAAGACUCCCAAGCUUUUCUACGCUGACCAUCCUUUCAUUUUCCUUGUUCAGGACAAGAAAACCAAUUCCAUUCUUCUAAUUGGUAGACUUCUAAAACCAAAUGAUGGAAGGCAUGAUGAGCUAUGAGGAACACUCAAUUAUUUAGAAUGGUAUACAUUUCUAUUUCAUUCAUUUAAAUGUCGAGAUAUAUAAAUAUACAUUCAGGCUUCCAAAGGAUUAAGUGUUAAGAUGAGUACCUCUGUUAAAAUGUAUAAAGUCCAAUAUGUUCAAGUUUCCAGCCCCACUGUCACAAAGUUUGUUACAAGUAUGAUUAUUACAAUUAAAUGCCUGUCUGGUCUCUGUCAGUUUUUAAUUCCUAUGUCACAACCUCAGUCAGUACCAUAUUCUGUCUUUUUUUGUUGUUCACUCAGCCUUAUUAUUGGGAUUAUGUUUUGUACUCCAAUUUUUGCAUUUUUAGCUUAAAAAUUAUUUUUGCAAAAUAAAGCAGACUUUUUUCAUAGACCCUGCUUAGGGUUUCAUUUGCGGGGAUUACACACAAAGCAUGUUACCACAAAUCUCAAAUGAUGUGCAUUAGAAUGUAUCAAUACUUUUUUUUUUUUUUUACCUAAAGUGACAUCAAAACUGAAAUAAAAUGAUAAAUGAUU